UGCGCUCGCGGUGCCACAGCGCGCUCCCCCGUGCCCCCCUCGCUCCUCCAGAUGGGCUGACCGGAUGAGAAGCACCGAGACCGGAUGGUCGGUGCAAACUUCGGGCCGGUGCAAACUUCGCGACUCAGCCCGGUAUGAUCGUGUGCAACGUGAGCCUGAGCUGCGCGCACUGUCCCGAGGGAGGCACGGCGGCGACGUACGAAGAGGUGUCCGGCUCGCUCCCUCCUCCGACCCUGAGCCCGAGGGGGCACCUGGUGGUGGCGGUGUGCCUCGGCUUCAUCGGCACCUUCGGGUUCCUCAGUAACUUCCUGGUGCUCGCGCUGUUCUGCAGGUACCGGGCUCUGCGCACGCCCAUGAACCUCCUGCUGGUGAGCAUCUCUGCGAGCGACCUGCUGGUCAGCGUGCUGGGCACCCCGUUCAGCUUCGCGGCCAGCACCCAGGGGCGGUGGCUGAUCGGGCGCGCUGGGUGCGUCUGGUACGGGUUCGUUAACGCAUGUUUAGGCCUCGUCUCCAUGAUCUCCCUCGCCGUCCUGUCCUACGAGCGUUACUGCACCAUGAUGUCGCCCAAUGUCGCCGACGGCAGGGAGUACCGCCCGGUGCUGGGAGGGAUCUGCUUCUCCUGGCUCUACUCUGUGGCCUGGACCGUACCUCCGCUGCUGGGCUGGAGCAGAUACGGGCCCGAGGGUCCCGGCACCACCUGCUCGGUGGACUGGAAGAGCCAGACGCCGAACAAUAUCUCCUACGUCGUCUGCCUGUUCACCUUCUGCCUGGUGCUGCCGUUCUGCGUCAUCCUCUACUCCUACGGCAAGCUGCUGUACACCAUCAGACAGGUCAGCAGCGUGAGCUCGGUGGUGAGCCGCCGCAGAGAGCAGCGGGUGCUGGUGAUGGUCGUCACCAUGGUGGUGUGCUACCUGGUCUGCUGGCUGCCUUACGGAGUGGCGGCGCUGCUCUCCACCUUCGGCCCCCGAGACUUCCUGAGCCCGGAGGCGAGCAUCAUGCCGUCGCUGCUGGCCAAGUUCUCCACCGUCAUCAACCCUUUCAUCUACAUAUUCAUGAACAAGCAGUUCUACAGGUGUUUCAGGGCAUUCCUGAGCUGCUCCGUCCCCGAGCGAGGCUCCACAAUAAAGACAUUUUCACGGCCGACGAAGACGCUCCGCACCGCCCGUCAGCCGAGGGAACACCGCGUGUCGGCUCCGGCGCCCUCCACGGUUCUCCCCACACCCAACGCCGUCCACGACUCGUCGCAGAAAGCCAGUCGAGGGGCUUCAUCUCCAUCUCCAUCGAAACAAGAGUCUGCUGCUGCUCCAGCUGCCUCCAACACCCCAGCUGUUGCCCCCAAACCCAAACUGAUCCUGGUGGCUCACUACAGGGAGUAGAGACAAGAAGAGGAGCUGAAUGUUUACAGAGAGGAGCAGGAGCGCAGGUCUCCAAUUAAGAAACAAAUCCUCUCAAUAUUAGAAAAGAGCGAGCACAAAGUGAGCUCAGUGGGAGUCUUGAAUACAAGCGGGGACGUUUUAAUCCCACAACAGGUUAUCAUCGCUCUGUGAAGUCGGCGAACAGGGAAACACACGAAACGCCCGACUCAUCCUGCUUAUAGAAGAGGGACUGUUUAUAAAGCAGGAGAUGAGGGCUGAACACGGGGGCCUCGUGUUAAGAUUACAAACGUCUUUACAGAUUAAACAGGUCGAGGUAUCUUUGUUACGUAACUGAAGAAAAAUGUUCUUUCUCAAUCCGGGAAAUUAUUCAGGAACAUUUUUGGACAGGCACAGCGUUCUUUGGCAGGUAUUUCAUAAACUGUUCGGUGUUUGUUUGGGGGGUUUUUUGUAAGCGGGGCAAUGAGGUAUUUUGUGCGUCGCUACUGUUAGCAGGAUUAUUCUUUUUUUGACGAUAAUUCAGUUGAAGAAGAGGGGUGAGAAUUCAUUUUCCUGACCCCGUUUCCAUGGCUGAUAUUUGAGGAUUUGAUACAGAGUAUUGAAGAUUUGUUGAACAAUUUUAUGCAAUUUGGAACUGAGGGGGUUUCUAUUAUGCCUUUAUUUACACUUUGCUGCGUAUAGGCCCCUCUGUCGUCAAAGCUGGGACUGUAAUGAAAGCCAUUAAAGGGACAUUUCACCAUGUUAUGAGGGAGAUUUCACCAUUCUGAGUUGUCUUGAUGUGUCCGAAGCUGCAGUUUCUUGUCGGUUUUUUGUUUGUGUGUGUUGUCUCCUGUUUCUUCCUUUGCUUAUGUAACAUAAAUGAAUUCAUGUC